AUGGCUACGGAUCCCAAGGAUUUGGCAGUCCUCGUAAAUGCUUCGAUCUGGAGUUUGUUCACCCUCGCAACGAUCGCUCUCGCCUUGAGGUUGUAUAGCAGAAUCCGCGUAGUCCGCUUGGGCGUUCAGCAAGAUGAUUGGGUCCUCAUCGCCGGAUGGACAGUUGUUUUGGUGGCGUCUGGGGUCAUGUCGGGGCUCAUGGCCAUCUUCUUGCAUUCAGGAAGCCUCCAGAAGAUCACGCUCGCCCGCAUCCACCACAACCUCCAGAGCAUCGCCCUCGGACUGACCAAGACGUCGUUCGGCCUGACGCUGCUGCGACUGAUGCCCGGUGGCUGGGAGGCGAAGCUGAUCUACGUCGUGCUGAUCACCAUGAACUUUCAGUUCGCGGUGCACAUCAUUGCGGUCUGGCAGAUGAUAUGCGGUGCGCCGGAUGAAGGGCACAUUGGAGGAGACAAAUGCUGGACCUUGACGCAAUCGGUUACUUUUGCAGUCUUCAGUGCUGUGUAUUCGGCAUUGUGCGACUUUAUACUGGCCCUGUUGCCCUGGCGGAUGAUAUUCAACCUGCAGAUGAAGCGAUCCGAAAGACUAGGUAUUGCUUUAGCGCUGAGCAUGGGCGUCAUCGCAGGCAUCACUGGUGUGAUGAAGGCGUACUACGGCUCCAAAUUGCUUCAAGUGAGGCAUCCCAACUAUGCCUACAACCAGGCCGUCUACUGGAUCUGGUCAAUGGCCGAGCCUAACGUCACGAUCAUUUCUGCCUCUAUACCGGUUCUCCGUGGAUUCGUCCGCAGCGCCCGCGUCCGAACCGAGUCGAACAACAACGGUGGUGGCUAUGUCAAGACGGGAGACAGCAGUAACAAGUUUUACAACUCGGUCACGGUCACGGCAGGCCGCGCCGAGGCCAAGGGUGACGACGGCGACAGCGAUCGGAGCAUUCUGGGGCAUGGACCCCAGGGUAGGGACAUGAAUGGGAUCGCCUGGACGACAACGGUCAGCGUUGAGUAUGAGAACCAGUCGCGCGAGGAUGAUGUCAAGGGCAUCGCCAUUUCGAAGGAUACAGCAACAGAAGAAGGAAUCGAAAUGGAAGCAGUGACACCACGCCCAGGCCCGACGGAUGACCCAAGAAGAUAG